GCCGGCCGCGGAUGGUACGGUCUGCAGAGGACCGCGCCGGCGGGCUUGCCACCGCUGCCGCACCGCGACUGGGCUGCCGCCUCGGGCCGUGCGGACCGGCGGCGAUUCUCGGAGCCAAGAGCCACUGCCCCUGACCAUGUAGAUUCCAGCUCUGGGAGCAGCAUGGGCCUCACUGAAUGGAGACUCCUGGGUCUGCAGCCCUGAGCCCCUCUGGUCCCUGGACCUUGCCCCACACUCGGGAACAUUCCUCAGAAUUCACCACCGCUGUUGCCAGCCCACCUCAGCCACUGCCACCCCCUGGGACCAGGAGUCGGCCGCCUGGAGCUGCAGCAGUCCAGUGAGGUGUGCUGAGGACAGCUACACACGCUCCCCCCCAUCAGAAUCCUGGUGUCCAGUGCAGACUCUCAGGCCCACCCCAAGCAGGGACUUCAGCAAACAUGGGUGAUAUGACCAACAGUGACUUUUACUCCAAAAACCAAAGAAAUGAGUCCAGCCAUGGGGGCGAGUUCGGGUGCACAAUGGAGGAGCUCCGCUCCCUCAUGGAGCUGCGGGGCACGGAGGCUGUGGUCAAGAUCAAGGAAACAUAUGGGGACACUGAAGCCAUCUGCCGGCGCCUCAAGACCUCACCUGUUGAAGGUUUGCCGGGUACUACUCCAGACCUGGAAAAAAGAAAGCAGAUUUUCGGGCAAAACUUUAUACCUCCAAAGAAGCCAAAAACCUUCCUGCAGCUUGUGUGGGAAGCACUGCAGGACGUGACGCUCAUCAUCCUGGAAAUCGCGGCCAUCAUCUCUCUAGGACUGUCCUUCUACCACCCGCCUGGGGAGAACAAUGAAGGAUGUGCGACAGCCCAGGGCGGGGCUGAGGAUGAAGGAGAGGCAGAAGCAGGGUGGAUUGAAGGGGCAGCUAUUCUCCUCUCAGUCAUCUGUGUAGUGCUGGUCACAGCCUUUAAUGACUGGAGCAAAGAGAAACAGUUUCGGGGCCUGCAGAGCCGCAUCGAGCAGGAACAGAAGUUCACCGUGGUCCGGGCUGGGCAGGUGGUCCAGAUCCCUGUGGCUGAGAUCGUGGUUGGGGACAUCGCCCAGAUCAAAUAUGGUGACCUCCUCCCUGCUGAUGGCCUCUUCAUCCAAGGCAAUGACCUCAAGAUCGAUGAGAGUUCCCUGACUGGGGAGUCGGACCAGGUGCGCAAGUCUGUGGACAAGGACCCCAUGCUUCUGUCAGGGACCCAUGUGAUGGAGGGCUCUGGACGGAUGGUAGUGACUGCCGUGGGCGUGAACUCUCAGACUGGCAUCAUCUUUACCCUGCUGGGCGCCGGUGGUGAAGAGGAAGAAAAGAAAGACAAAAAAGGUGUGAAGAAGGGGGAUGGCCUUCAGCUACCAGCAGCAGACGGUGCAGCAGCUUCAAAUGCUGCAGAUAGUGCAAAUGCCAGCCUAGUCAAUGGUAAAAUGCAGGAUGGCAAUGUGGACGCCAGCCAGAGCAAAGCUAAACAGCAGGAUGGGGCAGCAGCCAUGGAGAUGCAGCCGCUCAAGAGUGCUGAGGGUGGCGAUGCCGAUGACAAGAAGAAGGCCAACAUGCACAAGAAGGAGAAGUCCGUGCUGCAGGGCAAGCUCACCAAGCUGGCUGUGCAGAUUGGCAAGGCAGGCCUGGUGAUGUCAGCCAUCACAGUGAUCAUCCUGGUGCUCUACUUCACUGUGGACACCUUCGUGGUGAACAAGAAGCCAUGGCUGCCUGAGUGCACGCCUGUGUAUGUGCAAUACUUUGUCAAGUUCUUCAUCAUCGGUGUGACGGUGCUGGUGGUUGCUGUGCCUGAGGGCCUCCCACUGGCUGUCACCAUCUCGCUGGCCUACUCGGUGAAGAAAAUGAUGAAGGACAACAACCUGGUCCGCCACCUGGAUGCCUGUGAGACCAUGGGCAAUGCCACGGCCAUCUGCUCAGACAAGACAGGCACGCUCACUACCAACCGCAUGACCGUGGUGCAGGCCUAUGUGGGUGAUGUCCACUACAGAGAGGUCCCCGACCCCAGCUCCAUCAAUGCCAAGACCAUGGAGCUGCUGGUCAAUGCUAUCGCCAUCAAUAGCGCCUAUACCACUAAGAUCCUGUCCCCAGAGAAGGAGGGCGCCCUGCCCCGGCAGGUGGGGAACAAGACGGAGUGUGGCCUGCUGGGCUUUGUGCUGGACCUGAAGCAGAACUACGAGCCUGUGCGCAGCCAGAUGCCAGAGGAGAAGCUGUACAAAGUGUACACCUUCAACUCCGUGCGCAAGUCCAUGAGCACCGUUAUCAAGAUGCCCGAUGAGAGUUUCCGCAUGUACAGCAAGGGUGCUUCUGAGAUCGUGCUCAAGAAGUGCUGCAAAAUACUCAGUGGGGCAGGUGAGCCACGGGUCUUUCGGCCUCGAGACCGAGAUGAGAUGGUGAAGAAGGUGAUCGAGCCCAUGGCCUGUGAUGGGCUGCGCACCAUCUGCGUGGCCUACCGUGACUUCCCCAGCAACCCCGAGCCUGAUUGGGACAACGAGAACGACAUCCUCAGUGACCUCACGUGUAUCUGUGUGGUGGGCAUCGAGGAUCCCGUGCGGCCAGAGGUCCCUGAAGCCAUCCGCAAGUGCCAGCGGGCAGGCAUUACAGUCCGCAUGGUCACUGGUGACAAUAUCAACACGGCCCGGGCCAUCGCCAUCAAGUGUGGCAUCAUCCAUCCUGGGGAGGACUUCCUGUGCCUGGAAGGCAAAGAGUUCAACCGGAGGAUCCGCAACGAGAAGGGGGAGAUUGAGCAGGAGCGAAUUGACAAGAUCUGGCCAAAGCUUCGAGUGCUGGCUCGCUCUUCCCCCACGGAUAAGCACACUCUGGUCAAAGGCAUCAUCGACAGCACACACACCGAGCAGCGGCAGGUGGUGGCCGUGACCGGGGACGGGACCAAUGAUGGGCCUGCACUUAAGAAAGCCGAUGUGGGCUUCGCGAUGGGCAUUGCAGGCACUGAUGUGGCCAAAGAGGCCUCAGACAUCAUCCUCACAGAUGACAACUUCAGCAGUAUUGUGAAGGCCGUGAUGUGGGGCCGCAACGUCUACGACAGCAUCUCCAAGUUUCUGCAGUUCCAGCUGACUGUCAACGUGGUAGCCGUGAUCGUGGCCUUCACGGGCGCCUGCAUCACACAGGACUCCCCUCUGAAAGCCGUGCAGAUGCUCUGGGUGAACCUCAUUAUGGACACCUUUGCCUCCCUGGCGCUGGCCACCGAGCCACCCACCGAGACUCUGCUGCUGCGGAAGCCUUAUGGCCGCAACAAGCCACUCAUCUCCCGGACCAUGAUGAAGAACAUCCUGGGCCAUGCAGUCUACCAGCUCACCCUCAUCUUCACGCUGCUCUUUGUUGGCGAGAAGAUGUUCCAGAUUGACAGCGGGAGGAAUGCACCGCUACACUCACCGCCCUCCGAGCACUACACCAUCAUCUUCAACACCUUCGUCAUGAUGCAGCUCUUCAACGAGAUCAACGCCCGCAAGAUCCAUGGAGAGCGCAAUGUCUUCGAUGGCAUCUUCAGGAACCCUAUCUUCUGCACCAUUGUGCUGGGCACCUUUGCCAUUCAGAUAGUGAUUGUGCAGUUUGGAGGGAAGCCUUUCAGCUGCUCCCCACUGCAGCUGGACCAGUGGAUGUGGUGCAUAUUCAUCGGGUUAGGAGAGCUGGUCUGGGGCCAGGUCAUCGCCACCAUCCCAACAAGCAGGCUCAAGUUUCUGAAGGAGGCGGGCCGACUCACACAGAAGGAGGAGAUCCCCGAGGAGGAGCUCAAUGAGGAUGUGGAGGAGAUAGACCACGCAGAGCGGGAGCUGCGCCGUGGCCAGAUCCUGUGGUUCCGGGGCCUGAACCGCAUCCAGACACAGAUCCGCGUCGUGAAGGCCUUCCGUAGCUCUCUCUAUGAAGGGUUAGAAAAGCCUGAGUCUCGAACCUCCAUCCAUAAUUUCAUGGCUCAUCCUGAAUUCCGGAUCGAAGAUUCGCAGCCCCAUAUCCCCCUCAUCGAUGACACGGACCUGGAAGAAGAUGCCGCACUCAAGCAGAACUCGAGCCCGCCAUCAUCGCUCAAUAAGAACAACAGCGCCAUUGAUAGCGGGAUCAACCUGACAACCGACACGAGCAAAUCAGCUACCUCUUCAAGUCCAGGGAGCCCCAUCCACAGCCUGGAGACGUCGCUUUAGCUGAGGAUCUGUCACCUGCCCGCUGGCAGCCCUCACGAACCCACUCCCACCUGCCUCCUAGGCACCCCUCCAGUCCCCCACUCACCCAUGCAGCAGGAGCAACAAGGAAACCAAACAAUGGAGAGAAAACCUGGUGUUUCUACCCACAGACCCUUUCCCUGGCUGCAAUGCUGUUUGAACUCUUUUUUUCACUUUGAGGCAGGGGGCAGACUUCCCCUGGGAGCAUAGGGAGCAAGUGAGAAGUUUCCAAAAACAAGCCCUUCCUGGCUCCUGCCUGGACGAGGACCAGCGCUGUCCUGCCCAGCCACCAAGUCCCCCGCAUGAAUGUACUGGACACUUUCAAUCCUCCCCUUGUUUGGUGUUUGGGGGGCUGGGGAGGGUUUUUUUCCAUUUGUUUUCUUAGGCGGGAACUUCAAACAGACUCUUUUCUGAGACUAUUUAUCCAAUCCACUGGUCUGAGUUUUUGAAAUGCUUGCACAGCAUGGUCUCAGUUGUAUAGAUUAAUUUAACUUUUUGAAAUUGCAGAGCUUAAUUCACCUAAUAGAUUUGCACCAAUGGAACUGAAGAACUCAUAGACACUCACAAGGUUAUAUCCAUUUCUUUGUAUCUAUAUCAACGUAUACUUUUCCAGGACUGUAUACGUCCAUAUAGAUAGGUAGAUAUAUAUAUAUAUAUAUAUAUAAAUAUAUAUACAUGGAUAUAUAAAGUUUCUUUGCCGGCAUGUUGCCUUGUUUCUGCUUAAAUUGCUCUAUUUUAACUUAUUUAUGUCCUAAAAAGAAGAAUGUAAUUUGUUUACAAACCUGUAGAUAACGUCUUUGGCUAUUUGUAUGGUUUAAGAACACUGGUGGCUGAGAUGCUAUGAAAACAGCUCAGCCCCACAGACACUUCUCUGGGUUGCAUCCUUGAUGUUUUACAAUAGCCAUGCUCUUAUUUUUGCCUGCCAUUUCUGUUUCAAUAAUGUUACCACUAUGGAAGGCUCCGGCAGAAGCUAGACGCUACUGAGGAUCCAUCCCAAAGGGUUCACUAACAUGCUCCGUAGAUGAAGGGAGAAGAGGAGAGAAGCUUCCUGGGUUUGUAAGUCAAGUAGACAUCCCAGCCCAAGGAUGUCGGAAUCUGCACAGCACUGGUCAAAGGCUUUUCUCUCAAUGAAACUCACUUGAGUUUACCAAGAGCAUUUCCAAAAUAGGUAGUGUUUGGCACUGUCUGUAGAGAGGGUGAGGUAGUGAUAAAAUAUUAUAUGUGGUAUUGUGUUGAUUUUUUUUUGUUUGUAAUUUAGAGGUUUACUUCUUUAUAAAGGGCAGCAUAUGAGUUGUUGGCAUAUUGGAUGAGGAUUAGUAUGGCUUGCUGCUUUUAUCUUAUUUUUGAAGAAUAGCCUUUUUCUCUGCAAUAUUUAGAUCCAAAUGAACCUUAUGAUGUGUAUAUUGAGAUGUAUUCAGUGUGAUUUUUAAACCAAAUUGUCUUCCUGUAGUCACAAUCUAUACUGUAGCCUUCUAACACCAAGUCUUGCUUCCCCAGACAGAAAGCCAUUCUGAAACCCUCCCGUGUCACAGGUGAGAAAGGUGGCUAUUUACCCCAAGACAAUAACAGCACUAGUAAUCCUACUUAAUAAGAGCUUAUUUAAUUGUCUGUCAGCCUCUUAACUGCUAAGCACUUUGUGGGUCUCAGCUUUUUUCAUAAAAGAACUUUUGUAUUUAAUACAAAGUUUGCUUUGAGACUUUUCAGCAUAUGAUCUUUUUUCCAUAAACUUGUACAGUGCAAAAGACAUUUUGAAUACCAUGAUCAAUGAUGUCCCAUGCUUCAAGGAAAACCAAACACUUUUGCCUGGCUUGCAAAAUCCAUUCCUCACGCUGACCCUUGCCACGAUCGCUCAGUGUCAGCCCUGCCUUUGCCCUCCUCCAGGCCCAGAGAACUCUUCCACUAACAAGAUGAGAGCCACUUGGGAACAGAGCCAUAGUCAGCUGGGAGGGCCCAUGUUUAACAGCUAUGGAAAAACCUGUGGGGUUUGGGGUUCGAAGUCAGCCCAUCCCACCUGGAAAAACCUCUCUGUAAGGAGGACCUUCUGUGUGAAAGAGCACCACCUGAAUGUCGUGAAGAAAUCUCUCUGAAUGUAUCCAGCAGAGGACACUGCAUCCCCAGCCACGGGCGACCAGGCCUCAGAUGUGCUUAUUGUACUCUGGUACAAACACCACCAAAGCCUGCCUGCCACACUCCUGGGAGGAAGGACAUGCAGCUGAGAAACCUUGCAACAAGGUGGUUUUUUUGAGUUUUCUUUCUUGUUUAUCCGCCUUCCCUUUCUCUGUUUGCCCAUGUAUCCAUGGGCACAUAUUCCAUGAUGUCCAGACCGUCAAGCUAGCACACCAGGCUCCCUUGUGCUUUGGGGGCAGAACCCAAGGCCAAUGGGAGGAUUCUCCAAGUGGACCUCGCUUGGGGGGCAAGGAGCUGUGGAAGCUACCAAGAAUGCCCAACAUGUGUGUCAGUCUGUUCUUGUCAGGAGUGAUGAUCACCCAUGUGCCCCUCACUCUCCCAUGUUCACACACAUCCACACACGCACACACACAGGAAAUGGAUGGUUUGUCAAAAUUCAUAUAGUACACAAAGCUUGCACUCUGCGUCCUAUAUCUAGCAGCAUGGGGUACGUUUGGCAAUUCACCCCAUUAGGGGGUCAAUAAUUUAUGAUCACUCAUCUGUUUUUAUGAAUUUUUUUAUCUAGACAAUAAUUGUAAAUAAAGAACUCACCAUCUCUGUUCAUUUA